CACGUGUAGAUCCGUGCCAGGUCAUGUUCCUAAUUUUUGGGACAAAUACUAGACCGUUAUAUAUGUCUCCACGGUCUUGGCGAGGAUGUUUAUGGCCUUGAUAUGGUAUUAAUAACCAAGUGCCGGUCCCGGCUAUCCUUGAUCCCUCUAUCUACUACUGCCGUCUUCUGCACCUUACACUCUUGUCUUACCCUCGUAUGCUGUUGAAAGACCCUUGCUCCUCCUCUAUCUUUGCCCGGGAAUGACUAUGAACGUUACACAAGGACAACUUUCUGCCUCAGCAGAAGGGCUUGCAAGUGAAAACUGGGAUCUAGGUAGCCUUUUCAUACCUGGAAUGGUAGAUUUAGAUCGUGGUCUAAAUAAUCAUAUGCCAUUCAACCCUUCUCCUCCACCUCAUACAGACGUACAACAAUCGUUGACCUCAUGUGCUCCGCCUGACGCGCUUUUCUGGCCUUCAUUGUCGCCAGAGCUCCAGCAACUGAGCUUCAGAAACUAUCAAUACCCUGCUUCACUCUCUCCAUUCUAUUCUACUCAAACCCCUACCUCUACCUCCAAUAUACAGCCGAGAAACACAGAUUCCCAACGAAAGCACAAGCAACAACAUGAAGCAAAACACCGAAAAAAGAAAUCAGACCCGCUUGACAUUAGAUGUUGGAAUCACAACUGCGACGGGCGAAGAUUUUCGUCACUGGGUAACUACCGCCGCCAUCUUCGAGAAAAGGAGGGCAAUGCGAAGAUGUUUCGAUGUCAAGACUGUGGCCGUCUCUUUACGCGAUCUACGGCUCGUAAUUUCCACCGCCAGUCAGGAACAUGUCGCGCUACGACACAGGCGCUGGGGAUACCAUCGAUGAUGAGCUCGUCGGUUCAUUCGCAUUCGCAUUCCCAGUCGCAGUCCCCGACUGUCUCGAGUGUGUCUUCGAUUCCAUGGUCUGACGUGAGUCUACCUUCGGAUGAUAACCUCGACCUGAAUGCCUACACUGAGGAGCCGCUUUAGAUAUCUCCCUCAUGGACAAACAAAAGUACUCCUACGGACUGAAGACUUAAUAGUUUGGUUAUAAUAUCAUGAUUUUGGGUUAUAGUUACUGCCACAUGUAUGGGGUUGGUGUUGAGGCUGGAGGGUUUUGUCAUGUCUUAUAUGUAUAUAGUACUGUACUGUCUUUUUUUAUCCUAUAGACGUUUCUCGUACAUGUACACUCAAUGCAGAGGUACAAUUUGUCAGCAAUACAUCUGUUUAUACCUCUAUAGAACAGGGAUGUGGCUACAGGGCUGUUGUCUUUGCAAUCGUAUACUUCUUUCUAUGCCCCAUUUUCUCCAACCUCGUAACCCAGAUGCUACCUGCAAGAUACGACGUUUGACGCCACAAACCUGGAUGUAACAGUCUAGAUAGAGUAACUAUCAAACCACAGCUGCACGACAUUAUUCG